GCGACCAGAAAGCCAGCCGGUCUCUAUUAACAGCGAAUUUAAAGGGGCCUGUUGGAUGAGACUGCAUUCAAAAAACACCACAGACUGCCUUUAUGGGACGCUUCUGCGGCGGGGGUUACAACGCCAUGGCCAGCUAGCUGCUAGCUGACGAUCCGGCUGCUAGCUCCAGGAACCGGGGCAGGAGCUCCGGCGACGGGCGUCUAACUCGGCUUUUUAAAGUCUGUUUUCGUGCCGUGCCGUCGUUGGCUUAACCGUGCUCGGUUUGUACGUCGGCUGUACAAAUUUAUCAGGGGAAUCUUUCUUUCUAAAAUAUGUAGGUCACUGUAAACGACCGAUGGUGGUUAUGUGGGUCACAGACACCAGUGCGUUAACCUGUUAGCUGGAACAGCUGGUUAGCAAGGGAGCUAGCUUUAAUAACGAGGAUUUUAAUGAACAAUUUUAUGAGGAAACACAAUAACGUUAAUGUAUUUGCUUGUGUUAGCGAGGGAUUAUCUGCAGUGUGAGUGGCUGAGUCUAUUAUCGGGUUUAACGUCCAGUUUUCAUAUUUUGGAGUCGUCGCUAAACGGUCGCUAGCUAGCUGGACUGUUAACCGAGCAGCUCCACUAACCAGGACAAUAAUGGGUCAUGCUGAGUGAGUGGCCGUGUUUCCUUUGCGCCUAAGCCGGGCAGCAGCAGCUUGGUGCCGCUCAGACAAAGUGGACUGUUCCGGGGUUCGGUGGUAGGAGGAUGGCAUUUCACGGCGCAGGCCGGCAGACCGUCUGUGGAGACUUGUUUCCGGGCUCCGAGCUGGGCCACAAGUAUUUCUGUGUCAACUCCUCCUGCGGAGCACCCUCCACGGGCCUCAGCGCCACACCGUGCCUGACCGGACCCACUGCCCCGGCCGGGACUCCUCGUCACCCGACAGCUCUCGGAGGAAGCGCCGGCGGCGGAGCAGCGGUGCCUCAGCCCUACAGCAACCCGGCCAGCGAGGUGCCCAGCCCUGCGGAGAUGGAGCCGGACCGCCCCAUCGGUUAUGGCGCAUUUGGUGUUGUGUGGUCGGUGACGGAUCCCCGUGACGGUCGGAAGGUGGCUUUGAAGAAGAUGCCUAAUGUCUUCCAGAACCUGGUCUCCUGCAAGAGGGUCUUCAGGGAGCUGAGGAUGCUGUGCUUCUUCAAACACGACAAUGUCUUGUCGGCUCUGGAUAUUUUGCAGCCUCCGCAGAUCGACUGCUUUGAGGAAAUCUACGUGAUAACAGAACUGAUGCAGAGCGACCUCCACAAAGUGAUCGUGUCUCCGCAGCCUCUCACCACCGACCACAUCAAGGUCUUCCUCUAUCAGAUCCUCCGAGGUUUGAAGUACCUGCACUCAGCCGGGAUCCUGCACCGAGACAUCAAACCUGGAAACCUGCUGGUCAACAGUAACUGCCUGCUCAAGAUUUGUGAUUUCGGGUUGGCCCGUGUGGAGGAGCCCGACCCGUCACGUCACAUGACCCAGGAGGUGGUGACUCAGUACUACAGAGCGCCCGAGGUGCUGAUGGGCUGCCGGCACUACGGCUCGGCCAUCGACGUCUGGUCAGUGGGCUGCAUCUUCGCGGAGCUGCUGGGACGACGGAUCCUCUUCCAGGCCCAGAGCCCGAUUCAGCAGCUGGAUCUGAUCACAGACCUGCUGGGAACUCCCCCUCUGUCGGCCCUGGCGUCGGCCUGUGAAGGAGCCAGAGCCCACAUCCUGAGGGGGCCGCACAAACCGCCGUCGCUGUCGGUGCUCUACAUGCUGUCUGACGGAGCCACUCAUGAGGCGGUGCACCUGCUCUGUCGGAUGUUGGUCUUUGAUCCGACUAAAAGGAUUUCUGGCAGCGACGCCCUCUCCCACCCUUACCUGGACGAAGGGCGCCUGCGUUACCACACCUGCAUGUGUCAGUGCUGCUACUCCGUUCCCAGCGGCCGAGUUUACACCCGGGACUUUGAGCCGGUAGCUGAGCGGCCGUUCAGCCACAGCUACGAGAACAGUCUGCUGUCUGUGUGGCAGGGCAAAGAGUUAAUCCAUCGCUUCAUCACGGAGCACCAGCAGGGCAAACGGGUGCCGCUGUGCAUCAACCCUCAGAGUGCUGCCUUCAAGACCUUCAUCAGGUCGACGGCGUGGCAUUCCUCCAAGGUGUCCAGGAAGGAGGAGAGAUGAGCGGCCGUCCUCUUGGGGCUGGAGGAGCGACAGCAGCUGGAGAAAGGAUUUCAUCGGCUUUGGCGUCUGAAAAUACCGAAGAGUUUGGGUCUUUUUUUCUUCUUCUUUUUGUUUCUUCUUGUUCAUGUGGCGAGAUGCAGAGAGGAAACGACACCCGACCCCACCCUCCUCAAAACCCUCAAAUAUUUUUUUUUUCUCGGUAUAAAUCAAUGAAAUUUGUUGAAUAUGAAAACUACAGCUUCACUCUUAACGACCCAGACGGCUGAUCAGCUGAUGC